AUGGCAAGCAAUUCUACACCUACAUCACUUUGGAAUUUUCCAUUACCACUAAUUGUAACUCCAUCCUCGAAUAUAAACGAGCAACAACAACAGCAAUCAUCAUCAUCAUCAUCAUCAGUUGUUCAUGGAAUGGGUGAACGAAAACAACGAACAUUACGCUUAUCAAUUAAUGCACGUGAACGUCGACGUAUGCAUGAUCUUAAUGAUGCACUUGAUGAAUUGCGUUCUGUAAUUCCAUAUGCACAUUCACCAUCCGUACGUAAAUUAAGUAAAAUUUCAACAUUAUAUUUGGCUAAAAAUUUUAUUCUUCUACAAGCACAAGCUAUUGAUGAACUGAAAAAAUGUGUUCUUCGUGCAAGUAUCAUGAGUAGUAAUCAACCAGGAGCAAUUAUAUCACAUACAACAACAGCAAUGGAUUUUCACAAUACAAAACAAAUAAAUAAUGAAUAA